AGUCUAUUGUGUCUCUCUUUGCGUUUUGAGGGCGCAGUUUUAGUCUCUUGCAGGUACAGUGCAAUGUUGCUCCUGAAUAGAAAGGGCGAGGGGCUCCCCGGAGUAAAGCACGGUAACUGCACACUCUUGUUUCUUCUUGAGAGAAAAGGAAACCGCAGUUUUGUCCUUGUUUUCUCGCUGGGUGGAGAGUGUGCUGCGAGGGUGGAGGGUGGUGCAUGGUUUCAGGCUGGACAUCUGUCGCUUGUGGGUAUUUUUUUUUUCUAGGCCGGGUCUCUCGCUUAUUGAAUAGAGCCAGUGACCUGUCAGUCUUGACUGAUGGGACCCCGUGUGUGGGAAAAUCCCCCAGCCAAAGAGCUAGGGCAUUCACAUGCUAAUUGCGCCCGAUAAAUAAGAGAGCCGUGCCGCGCCGAGGGCCCUAGAGACGCGCUGAGAUCCAAAGCAGCGGACGCACAAGCGCGCAUACAACCCAGAGGAAACAUGACUGCUGCAUCCAUGGCGCACAACGUGGGGAAACAUGCCAGUGCCAAGGAGGAGAGAAAGGUAUUUACGCAUGGAUUUGCCACAGAUCUAUCCCUCCUUUACGUGCUCCAGCGAGGUACCUCACCCUCUCAGCCGCCUUUUACUGAUGUAACUUUCUAUCCUCACAGCUGAGAAAGCCGCUCAUUGAGAGGAAACGACGAGAGAGGAUAAACAACUGUUUGGAUCAGCUGAAAGAAACCGUGAUCGGAGCGUUCAGACUGGAUGUAAGUAUGAUCUCGUGCGUCUCAGCUUAUCUACGCGUGAAAAGGUGGAUGCUGGAUGAAGUUUUGACUCCAAGUCUGCUUGUUUCACAACAGCAAUCCAAACUAGAAAAGGCGGAUAUCCUGGAGAUGACAGUGAAGCAUCUGCAAAACAUCCAGAGCAGCAAAAUUCACGGUAGGUGGAGAUCAUGGAGCACCUGAAGCUUUAUCAGGACUUACACUGGCUGUUAACUUUUCAUUUUGUCUUUUUGAGGGAUAAAUAACAGGGUUUUUUUUCUGCACAAAUAUGCUCAGAAUUAGUCUAAGAUCCAGAUUUAUUCUUAGAUCCUCCCCUGGCAGCAGAGAGCAACACAUGAACAUAACAUGUUCUGAAUGACGCGACAGAGUGUUGAUAAGAGAAGGGGACUUUAAUCUGAUGUCUGUGUUAAGAGGGUUGUAGCGUAAAGGGAGAGUUUUUUAUGCUGUCACCACUAGAGGAUGCUGUAACUUACUUACUAAAUUCCCUUCUCCCUGCAGACUCCACAUUAGGCGUGGAGGCCCAGCAGAAAUACAGCACAGGCUACAUCCAGUGCAUGCACGAGGUCCACAACAUGCUCCUCACCUGCGACUGGAUGGAUAAAACCCUGGGCUCCCGCCUGCUGAACCAUCUCCUGAAGUCCCUGCCUAGGUCCACAAAUGAGCGCCCCCUGCAGCCUUCACCUAGACAUGAUGUCUCCCUCCCUCCUUCUCCUCGUCCUCCUCCAGGCACAGGGCUUCCUUGCACCCCCCUCAGAGGAGACCCUCUCAGUCGCAGGCAGCUCCAGGGAGGAGGAUCACCCACCUGUCACGUAUCUGGACACCCAGAGAGAGCAGCACUUGGGUUGCUGGAGAUGUGGAGGCCCUGGUGACCUGCUGGAGCUCAUAAUGGUUUUGUAUUUGUGUGGGUCCCUGCUCGGUUAUGUAUCUUAUAGAUAUGCUGCUCAGAAGACAAACAUGGGGCAGUUUUGUUCCAGUCAUGGCUAUUAUUAUUGUAGGUGUGCUAUAAUGAUCCUAUACAGACCUUUUCUCAGUACUUCCCUUCAGAAGUUGACUUCUUGUAGCCUGCAUUAUAGAAGGCUUUUAUUAAUCUUUCAUGUAUUUAUUGUAUUAACAGCUUUAUUUAUUUGAUAAUAUAAGGCAUGACUUUGCUUUUUAGACCACUUGGCUCUUUAUAGAUUUUACGUCGUUUUUCUUUCUGUAUAAUAAACCCUAACAUCAAUAAUAAUAAUAAAAACAAUAAAAGUUGUAUACUCUUGAACUCUA